AUGGAAUGGGAGCGUCUGGGCAGCAUGACAGCUGCGAUUGGCAAUGAACGAUCUAUUCUGUUUCCAGGACAUAACACGGACAUCCCGCUCUGCUUGGAGCUGGAGUUUAGAGUAAGUGCACUACGAGGUGGCUAAAAUGACCAUACUUAGGACAAACCAGCUGCCAAAGUACUCCGUCCCGCAGGGCAGAAUGAAGCCCACCGAUUCAGACGUAAAGACAAGUUCCAGGAAGUAAUUGAGGGGAGAGAUAGCCGAAUGUCAGAGUAGGACUCAUAUUCUUCUUGGGUCUCGAAUUCGCACUAGAGCCCAUCAUCCAAGAUAGCAAGAGAAAGGGGUGUUGUAGGCGUAGAUAGAAUAGGGCAAUUGUAAGAUUCGGUUGUUACUCAACCACAUCUCCAGAAAUUGACAGUCGAAACCAACGAGGUAAUGCUGCUUAGUAAGGAAAAUAAGUCGCAGAAUUGUCUUAGACAGGCCCAACUCCUCCAAAUCCUAAGACACUGUCUCAAAACGUACCGCAAACUCACCGGGUUAAUUGACGAGCAGGUGAAGGUCACGCAACGAAUUCGUCGAUUUUUGGAAUUGUGGCCAGUGCGUUUCUGAGACGAUUUGAUUUGGCAGUUUUGCAAAACUGCCGAUCGAAGUACUGAACCCCCUUUUCGGACUAAACCUUCGUCGUAAUCGAGCAGGGCUAGGUGCUGACAUUCAGAAAAAAAACAUCAUAAAACCGUCCUCCCUCAGUUGUCCAAAAGGUAAAAAACCGUGGGCCUUUAUUUGCCUGUUCGUCUGACCAAAGUUUUCGGUAGAGCGCCAUAUACGACGCAAAUGCUGGACUUCAACAGCAUCCACCUAGACGGCAGCAAACGCGGUUACGUAAGGGUGUCAUAUCGGUGUUUUGGGACACUCUCCAAUGCGGGGUCAGCGCAAUUAAUUGUUUACGAAAAGGAUGUUAGCAAGGACAGAAAGAAAGAACAGAGUUUGUAGAUGCUGCCAUAGGUCAUGGAGAUCUGAAAUGCUGUUAGUUGCCUUCUCCUACCACUUGGAGCUGGAGGACCGCAGGCCAUCAUCAGGCAUCAAAUAAUGAAGCCAGAAGACCCGCAACUUCAACCGUAAGCACAUACGAAUGGAGGCGAAUGUUCGAAUGUUAGGCGAAUUUCUGUUUGGGUAUGGAAGUUUAUGUACGAACCAGCGACCAUACCACGUGUAAAGCACCGGGUUUCGUUCGAUCACUGAAGUUAGUCUACGAUGGGCCUGCUUAGUUUUUGCAUAUAUGAGUACGUACAGUAGAUGGGCUAACUCAUGAAAUGGCAACCGAAAUUCCGAAAUGCCUCUUCGUUUCGAAGGGAUUAAUUAAGUAGGGUUGUAAAAAUUAAUCAUCAUGCAGCAUAAUUCCAUAAUAAUUCAGUUAUCUCGGGAUGCCAGCUUUCGAACGAACUUCUUCCCGACUACAUGCAAAAACCAUACUCUGUAAAAAAUGACUACUUACGCAGCAUGAAUUUGUCUCAUAGGUUUUUGAUGUCCUUAAAAAUUCAAUUACAUUUCGUGGAAAACAUGCAUAAAAUAGUCAUUCCUUAGCUCAUUUGAUGGAGAAUUACAUCUUCUCCCAAGUUUACACUCGAAGGAAGGAUAUAAUUCGGUUUUCAAAAAGUUUCUUAUAGGGAAAUGUUUUAAUACCGUGAAAAUUUCGUUCAUAAAACGCCAUAUCUCUGUAUUUACCGAUGAGGCUUAUUAAGUAAAUAAUAUAGCUCAAACCCACCGCUAGAUUUCAUGCACCCCGGUAUUGUUGCCUCCUAAUACCGUAGAGAAAUGUAUGAUUUUUGUGUACGCAGAAAAUUUACGGCUUAUAGUUUGGGAAUCCUGGACGCAAGUGUAACGGCAGAACGGGUCCAAAAUUAGUCUGGAAUUGGAAAAGUUUUUGAAGACCGAAUUAUACCCUUCCUUCGAGUAUAAAAUUGGAAGAAGUCGUAGUUUUCCAUCGAAAGAGCAAAAGGAUGAAUACUUUUAUGCAUGUUUUCCAUGAAAUAUAAUUGAAUUUUUAAGGGCAUCGAAAAUCAAGGAGAAAAAUGCAUGCUACGUAAUUAGUCAUUUUUACGAAGUGUGGUUUUCGCAUGCAGUCGGGAAGAAGUUCAUCCGAAAGCUGGCACCCCCAGGUAACUGAAUUAUUAUAGAAUUAUGCUGUAUGAUGAUUAAUUUUUAUAACCCUACUUAAGUAAUCAUUUCAAAACGAAAACGCGUUUCGGAAUUUCGGUUGACAUUUCAUGAGUUAGCCCACCUACUGAACGUCGGUGACCUACGAAUCCACAGCAUGGAGACUGGCGAACCAGUGCCUGGAGUACCAACGUACACCAGACGCAUCCGCAUCAACAGCCCAUACUGACCUCGCACACUCGGCCGCCGCAUGAGCCUACUAGGCUCAAUCCGCAUUCAUGAAAACCUGCGGAAACCAGUUGUAUGUGAUUGUGUGGAGUAGCGGACUGAUGAUCUGAGAGUCGGACUGCAGCGGCUCCUUCUUGGCGUGACCCCUGACACUCUCAUGCAUGUGAGAAAUGUGUGUUUACACGGGUAGUGCCUCUCAGUCGAUGACCAACUAAUUACCCGGCCUUUAAAGGAUGAUGACGUAGGCCAAAUUCAGAGCUGUGUCUCAUCCCUGUAGGCCUUAAGGGCUGUGGGCGUAUGCUAUGCCACGCUUUAGCAAAUUAUGACACUCCCAGUCUGAUGUGCACCGGCAGUUCUCUGACACCUGAUUUGCUGCGGGUGGAUUCAUUUACGCUCCCGCUGGGUAUACAGGUAGUGUGCAUGGUUGCCCAGUGACUAGUCUCAUCCUCCCUUCUGAUCAAUUUUUGUUGAGGGUCAAAUUCCUGGUGAAGUGUUUGUUGUGGACCUGGGGAUAUGGUGGUAGGCCAAGGUGCGAGCCCGGCCGCGCCAGACACCUGUGCCACCUUUCACCUCCUGUCCUCUUGACUGUGUCUUGACACGGAGUCCAGGUGCAAGGAGAUGGGAGUGCGAUAGAUGCUGUGCAAGUCCAUUUUCACUAUGAACUAAUUCACGUACGAGUCAUCGUGUCCGUGCUCAAGUUUCUGUGGAGUACACGGCGGACAUUGUCGUAAACGAUGGUCGAACUGUCACAUGACGCGAUACAUUGGGUUAAGAUUGGAUGUUUCAACACUAGACCAAGACAGACAGUAUGGCGAGCUCAUCGAAAGAACCGAACUCUGCUUUGGAAGGGCGUUUCUGGCUGGUCCAGAGAAUUUCGAGCAAUUCCUUCGCCCUUAUGAGUGCAAAUCUUCAUUUCAGAAGAAGAAGAUGUGACCGGUAGAAUGAGAACUUUAAUGACCUGACGUUUCGGAUCCUCACCCAAACCCGCCACCAGAGACAGUCGCAGAAAAGGGGUAGUGGAGGCACAAGCAGCGCAGAAUUUAUAGAACGCAGCUGUUCGGCAACCACAUGCACAAAAUUACUGACAACAUUCGCGUUCACCGCUGGGGGUCGAAUUUGAUGUGCUGAUUGCAUGUCGAUCCGUACCCGCGUCGUUAAUUGGCGCCGAUUACUAGACGAUUUGGCCAACUGUCACCGGAACUGAUGGUCAUCCUCACCCUCCCAGCGUGGGGCUUCUACGCCAGAUCCGAUAAACGACUCAAGGCACUUCGACGAUGGUCGAACUGCCAUGUAUGUAGGUAUCACUAAGGAAGAAGAGUGAUCGAGCACUGUAACCAUUUGUUUAUUAUUCCGGGCUUACGAACUCGUGCAGGGGUCCAUCGCCAGAGGUGAUAGCGGCAACAUAGUUAGCGACAAUAAUAGAGGAAAUGUUCCAAUUGAUGAUCAGUGACGCAGGUAGUUGCGGAGGCCUCUGCGCGUAUGCGCUCGAUCGAUACAUCCGAGCCCCAGGCUCCAAUCAAAAACCGAUUUGUCUUCCUUCCGGCGUGGGUGAUUAUUUAAGAGGUUUAGUGGCCUGUUUCAAAGGUACGGCCAGUCACUUGUAGUAGUUUGUCAGCCCAUUACAGAACCGGCUUCUGUUUGUGUACGAACGAUUCCAAUUGACGCCCAGCCCAACUCACAGUAACAUUUCAGCCGAAAUACGGUACGCUAUGUCAGACUGGUCGCUAAGAUUUAAUCAGUUUUUGAUUUUAAUAAUUUUGCUGUUCAUGGCAGCCCUGGGGCAGUGGAAAAUUCCGACACCAAGUCCCGCAAAAAUGUGUUUGGUCACUUUGAUGUGUUAGUUACAUAAGGCAGAGCAUGCUAUAUGAUCGAUGGUGUUUCCUGUGGGGUACUUAGGGGGCAAAAACGCAGACUCCGGCUUAUAAACUCCAUUUGUGACCAUUCUUUAUACAUUGGCCGCGGGUGUAUCGGGCCUCUCUCACCGAAUUGCUGCGGUGAGUCCGGACCUUUUUUUGAAACUGGAACUGUUUCCUGCAUCUAGCGAAAUCGCGGGCAAAUCAAAUAUGUAAGAGAAGCCAGGAAUUUUUUCUAACGCUGGUGACGGAGCAUACAUCAACAGUGAGAAGGAAUAACAUUGAUCGUCAAGUCGCUGCCCCUUCGAGUGGACAGAAGUUCUCACAAUAGGUAACAGUCACGGGAAGUGCCAACUGUCUGAGGCAUGGUUCUCGACUUCGCGUUCAUCAGAGAGAGCAGUGGCCCCUUCCAUCCUUACUCAAUUUUCAGACUUGGCGUGGGUACAGUAAUUAGUAACGCGGGAAGUGUACGAACGAACGUCGCUUUUCAGUGACAUGAUCGAUGAUUCGAAUUCCUGAGUCAUUAUCAUGCCAGUAAGCGAAUUGGUAAUGAAACUGCGAGAAUUAACAACUCCGAUGCGCAUGACAGAUAAUCAUCACAGCAAGCCGGAUCAUCGGCGAUGAAUGUGACUGCUGCUCAGUUUGAUGCGUGCGCAUUUGCGCAGCCCCUGCACUCUAUGUCUUGUGCGUUCAUUACCUUUACGUUUUGCUGUCGCCCAUGGCCAAUUCGAGCGUGAAUCCAAGACGACAGACAAAUCGAAUUCUUGCUCUAGCGACGAAUUAUUCCCCUCCCUCAGGGCAGCAAGUAUAUCCUUGAUGUCCAUUUGAAUUCCCAAUGCAUCGCACGCCUCAGAUGUGCGUAGUUAACCAAGGGCCAUGUUUCGACCGAUUUUUAUCUAAAGGUGAGAUACGAAAUCCUGAAUUCCUUGUCUGGGUAGUUGUAUGCCAUUCUUUUUUUGCCAUUAGGACGGGGUCAUAUUUCAUACAAAAGUGAUAUAUGUAAGCAAAUUAAAGCUCGGACGGUAAGGCAGAGGCUUUUUUAGAAACUGGGAUAACUGGGUUAAGUGAUGCCGCUUUAUAUACACAAGCGAUAAGUCCAAGAACAAUCCCCUUUAUUCGCUCACUUAAUCUUUUUAAAAACAAUUGUGUCAAGACUUUGUGCUUGUUUACGCAACGGCAAGUCGAGGAUCAAAGGAGCCAUUAUUAAAAGUUGAAACAUAGGAUACUAGUCCUAAAAAUACUGGUGAGCAGAGAAUUAUAAUUCGAAAGUUUUCUUGAGAAUGACGGACACGUAACCGCCUUAUCAGAUUGCUGUUGGUUUCGUGUAAAUCAUGCAUCGUAUGUUUUUUCAGCCCACAACGGCAAUCUAGGUAGUCGUUAGACACAGCGCUUUGGUAGGGGACGCUCACCGAUCGUUCUUUACGGAACUCACUCGUUCCGUUGUGACUUACGGGCACUCCCCAUCGAACCCAACCAGCAGCCGCGCAGCGACGCAUGAUAUAGGUGAUGACUUUUAACUAACAGGUCGCGAGUUCGAGCCCCGGGUGUUCCACACUUCGGGAUUGGGUAUGACUGACUGACGACAACUAAUAAGCCAGAAAUGGCCAUUCCAGUCUCUCUUGUUUUUGUCGGUAAGAACAUAGUGCAUACAGCACUUUAUAGGCUUAUAGGAUGGCCGCAAACGCUUCGAACUGACUAUCAAGACAUAAAUUAUAACCUUUACCAGGAAGGGCUAGUGGAAGAACAGAUAUCCGAGUGAUAGUUCGACCGUCGUUGCCCACGAGGUCCACCGUGUGCUCUACAGCAAGGUGAAGUAGGCACGGCGACUUGCGCGUGAGCUAGUUUUAAGUGAGCGUAGAAUUACUCAAAAUCUGCAGCACUCUCUCCUCCCCCCCGCACCCCCCACAUAGACCCGGUGUCGAGACAAAGUCCAGAAGACCGGAGGCAGGUGGCUGGCACGGCCGGACCCACACCUUGGCGUACCACCACAUUCCCUGGUCCGCAAGAAACAAACAUUUGACCAGGAUUGUAACCAACAACAAAAUAAACAAGUCAGAAAGAGAAGGAUGGCUGGGCAACCGCGCACAAGACCUGUUUACCAGCAGGGAACUAGGUGUCAAAAAAUCGUCAAUGCACACCAAGCUGGGAGAGCCAUGGUUUGUUGAUCAUGACAUAGCAGACACGCAACAUGGUUAACGGACCCGAACUUGGGUUUGCGAUUGCAUACUGGCUGCAUAUACUCGGACGUACUUGCUUGGUUGACAUCCAAAUACAUGCAUUCAGUAGGCAACCGUCAACCUAAGUUUGUGUUCGAUAACCAUGUUGCUCUCCUCCGCCUCCUCCUCCUUCUCCUCCUCCUCCUCAUCCUCCUCCUCCUCCUCCUCCUCCCCCGUCUCUACCACGUCGUAG